UUUAAUAAACCUAAAAUAAUCAGAUAUUUAUGUAAAUUAUUUUGUAAAAAUAAGUCACACGACCUAAAAUUAAGUUAUAAUACUUGUUAAUAAUAUUUAGAUAAAAGGUUAACAUAAAUGGAUAUGAUUUCAAUGAGAAAUAUAUGCCCAGCUGCAAAACAUGCUCUGCUAUGUUUUUCGCUCUCCGGUUUAGUAUUUAUUGUUUCUUUUUUCUCAGCCAGUUGUCUUGGAUUUACAUCUGAGCUGUGGGCACUUACGUACUGGGGGCCGGCAUUAUAUUUCUGCCUUUUAAACUUCAUUUUACGAUAUUCUUUAAAAGGCUUCACAUACGAUGUUGCAGUCAGAUCUGCUUUUCUUGGGUCAGUUUUUGCAACAGGAUUUUACUUUGCUACGUUGGAUAAUAGCUGUCAUAUAUUUGGGCUUUAUGCAAUGGCAUUCUCCCUUUUUCACUUCUCUGAGUUCUUGUCUGUGGCCCUGACAAAUCCACGGACUCUGACAGUGGACUCAUUUAUUCUAAAUCACAGUGUACAAUACUGGGUGGCGGCUGUGUCCAGUUGGAUCGAGGCUGCAGUGGAAUACUACUUCUUUCCAAAUAUGAAAACUGUAUUUUGGAUAUCUCACAUUGGCGUUAUAAUGUGUGUUAUUGGAGAAGUAAUGAGGAAAAGUGCAAUGUUUACCGCUAAGACUAAUUUUAAUCAUCAUGUACAAACGGUGAAGAAAGAUGAUCACCAGCUAGUGACUCAUGGUGUGUACUCUCUCUGUCGACAUCCAAGUUAUGUGGGUUGGUUCUACUGGUCUAUUGGUACACAGAUAAUUCUACUCAAUCCUGUCUGCGUAAUUAUAUACACUCUGGUUUCGUGGACCUUCUUUAAUGAGAGAGUAUUCGCAGAAGAGAUGUUCCUAAUAUCUUUUUUCGGAAACCAAUACUUGGAGUAUCAAAAGAAAGUGGGCACUGGUCUUCCAUUUAUAAAAGGUUAUAUACCAGAUGUUGACGGUAGCUGGUGAUGGAAGUUUGAUAUGGACUACAGGAUUUUAACGAAGAUGAGGAAAAAAAAGAGAUCAAUGAAGUUAAAAAAUGACAUUUCGACAGAAAAUUUACAAUUUAUAUUGUACUGAACGCCAUUUUGAUGUUAUUUAUCUAAUAUUGUUGAAUUAAUUUAACAUUUUCAUGCAAUCGACUUAAUUUCAUAUCAAUGAAAACUGGUAACACUUGUUGUAAAUGCUAGAUGUCAUUUUUUGUAAAUGUCAGAUAAUACCUUUUGAAUUGCACCUUUAAUUCUCCUUUCUAGUGUAACAUAUUGAUACUACUAAGAUAAAUUUUGAAAUAUUUUUACACAAUUUAAAUACUUGUUGUACUUAAUAAUGGACGAAAGACACUUUUCAAAUUCACGUAGCCUUUUACAAGUGGAUAGUGUAGUAUAACUUUAAGAGUUAAAUUUUAGUUUGAAAAAUAUAUUAAAAUAGUGAAUAAAAUCUGCCACAGAGAGUACAAGAAACUGUACAUUGUAGUAUUUUUUUAUUGUAGUUAAUUAAAAUUUAUAGCCUAUGGUUAAAUGAAAUUAUACUAAAGUUACUCUUUUUUUCUUUGAAAAAAAAACGUAAAUUUUACUUGAUUUUGUAAUUUUUUUAUCUCUCAUACUGGCAAACAAAUUAACAUGCAGUAUUGUAAAUAUAAUUUAAUAAUUAUUGAUGUAUCUUACAAGAAGAUUUUUUUUUAUAUUGUUCGACCUUAGAAUAUAUGUGCAUUUAUUUCAGAUUUUUUUUAAUCCAUCAUUGUAUCAGGGUUGACAAUUUCUUAUUCAAAUAAUGCUAGUCACCAGCAAAAUGCAUUCAAUAGUAAUACUAGAAAUACUUUUAAUGAUAAGUAAUUCAAAUAAAUUUGUAAGCACAAUUAGUUGUUCAAAGAAUUUUCAUUAAAUUAAUUUAUAAGGUAUUUCUAUCGAUAUAGUAACGUUUAAAAGUAAGUUUACCUUAGCAGAUUUGUAUUGAAUUAAGUUUGAGAAAAUGUAUCAUCCCAAAAUAAAAAAUUAAAAAUAAAAAUUGUCUAUCUUUUAUCGUCUAAGGUGACGUUAUUACAUAUGACUUACAUUAAUAUUAAAAAAAAGCAAAAUUACCUUUGUUAAUAUGUACGUCAAAAGUGCUGUCGCUAUAGCAAAUGUCAACAGAAAGGCUGUUUGCUCCAUGUACCGGGAAUUUGUAUUCGCUUUUGACCUUUUGUUGCUUCACUAUAAUGUUCCGCGCGCUCCAUCUGUCUUUUGUUUCAUAAUCUGAGAUUACAUAUUUUUUUUUUAAAUACCUAUAAUGUUAAUGAAAGUUCUACAGACAAAUGAAAAUACAACAUGUACAUAAAAUAUCACACACAUUUGGAUGUAGGUGAUUCUAACUUUUUUCAAAGAUGUGUAUGUAAACCUAUUUAA